AAAUACGAUUGAUUUUCGAUCUGGUCUGAUACCCAACGACUGCAAUCCUAUCCACGGAACGCAACUUUGGAAAUCMGAGGAUCGUCGAUUCACCGCAUCGGAGGAAACCUAGAUCUAUUAAUUACAGAAAARAUAUUUGCAAUGUCGUCGUCGGAACRAGAACAGGGCAACCAGAACGAAGCCGGAACGGGCGCCGGUGCGGAGGGAGGAGAGGACACCGCAGCAGCAGCCGCCACGAUGGAUACGACAGCAACCCAUGCGGCAGAAGAGGCGGAAGAGACGGAGCCUUCCACCUGGGACCUGGCCCGUGAGGCCUCCUCCAGGAUGGUCCUMCAGUCCGUCCUGGACGAYAUGGAAAACAGUGCGGCGAAGCAAAAGRAGGAACUCCAGCUGCUCCGCCGCCGGGCCGAGGAGGCAGAAUCGAGCCUCGCGGGCUCGAACGAAACCAUCCAGCGCCUCGAGGCGUCCCUGCGGGAAGGGCGCAAGGGCAAGGACGAUCUCUCCGGUCAGCUCCGAGAGGCCACCCUCGCCGCGGAGGUCGCCCGGGAAACCUCUGUGGCGGAGAAGGAGCGGGCGGACCGAUCCKCCGCCGAAUCGGACCGGCUGCGGGAAGAAAUCAGGUGCGUAGCAUAGAUCAGUGUUGGUUGGAACGGACCGCAAUGUGCCGCAUGACGCCGUCUUUUGCAGUUUCAUUCCCCUACGCACUGAUUUUCCGAACAGAGGCACCUGCCAGGACUUUGACGCAGUCGCGAAUCUAUCAACUUGUUUCUGUCGCUAUUCGAAACUUACAAUUUCAUCUUUUCUUCUCGUACGGCAUUCAAUCAAUUGAUUGAAUUCAAACUGUAACACAACAACAAAUUUYCUUUCUUCCAUGAUAAUCAACACAACAAAGYCAUCUAACGAAAUCCAAYUUGACCUAUCAAAAACAAGUAGCCGAGGCCGAAGCCCAGGCGAAACUCGAUGGCUCCUCACUUUUUCCUCUCCAACUCAAAACCCAGAGCCUGGAAAACGAAAACGAACGGCUUCGAACACAUGCSACCUGGUUAGAGGGAGAACUCUCUAAAAAAGCCGAGGCCCUAUCCCAGCUGAAAUCGAGCACGGCCCUGGAAUCAGCACGGUCCCGGGCUAGCGUGGAUACUGCCCAGUCCGAGCGAGACGCUCUGGCCAUCGAAGCUAAUCAACUGCGGCAACAACUCGAGAAGGUCGAGACCAAAGCACAGGGUUUGGCCCGUCAGCUCAUGGAGGCAAAGCAAGAGGCCAGCGAUGUYAAGCUCGAUUCGGAGCAAGAACUGACGGCCUCGCGUCGAUUGGUCGAYCUGCAAAAGGAGCAAUUGAUCCGAUUGGAGCAAAAACACGAUGCCCUCGCGAGACGAUUGGAUUCSACGAAGGCCCUGGCAGAGGAMGCCGAGACCGAAGAUCUUGCCCGGUGGAAGGAACGCGAAUCGACGCUCAUGGAUGUCGCACGAAACAACCUGAAGGCACAGGCCGAAGAGUUCGAGAAYCGAAUCCUCUCGAUGAAGGAAGAACUAGAGGCCGCCAACAGCCGUUGCAAGCGCGCUGAAGAUGGAUUGAUGUUGAUCGAAGAUGCUCCUGAGAGUAAAGAAGCACGUCCACGACUAGCACUCCCCCCCUCUGAGGGCAACGGUGAAAACGGAGACGAGCCUCUUAAUCUGACGGACCUCUAUGGACGUGUAGCACAGGCCGAGGACGCWCUGCAUGCCGAAACUAUCCGCCGCAAAAAAGCAGAAAUUCGAGUCUCUCGCAUCGAAGAGGAGAUCGAGGCUAAUGCCCCUCUCUUGAUUCGRCAGCGAAAAGAGUACGAGCACGCUCUCCAGCAACUGACGGAACUUCGAACCCGCUUCGAGAAUUCUCAGGGCGAGACCGCGGCGAUCCGCAAUGAAUCCGACAUCUUAGAGAGCGAGGUAAACCGGUUGAAAGCAGAGAAUAAAGAUUUGACCGAGGAGGCAAAGAUAUUGGCGAAACAGGUACGGGACAUGCUUAUUGCCAACAGCAGCUCGGGCGGAUCCGAUCCCAACGUGGCUCUGACGGUCUCGCAAAUGGGAGCGGCCAAUACACGAUUGAUGAAGGAAUACAACGCUUUGACGACCAAGGUGAAGGAACUAGAAACUUCACUCUCGCAGAACGAUGGCCUCUACCAACAAAUCCAAGAUCUCAAGGCAGAAAAUGCGUCCCUGGAAGAGCAGCGCAAGCGGGAGGAAGGCAUGGUAGAAAAAAUUGUGCAGCAACGCGAUCUGUACCGUGCCAUCCUGAACAAGCAAGACACAAACUUGCUAGGAUCUGGAGAAGACGAAAGCAACGCAUUAGCGGUUGUCAGGGGGCAAUCGGAGCGCACAAAGGCACUGGAGGCAAAACACAACAAGCUGAUCGAGGAGCACGCCGCGGCCCAGGCUCGUUUGGAYCUAWUGGCCAGAGACCAGGAAGCCGCUUCGGAACGCCUCGCGCGGUACGAAAUGCUGAACGACGAAYUGACGMAAUCCAUCGACAAGGCCAAGAACGAGAUCGAUGCGAACGCUGCCGCCGUGGCACGAAGCCAAGCAGAGGCAGUGUUUUUCAAAGACAGGGCCCAGUUACUGGAAGAGACACAGCAACGGAACAGGGAAGAAAUCAAAAACGUGACGGCUUCAAAAAAUCUGAUUAUGACCACCAACACCAACCUCGAGCAGUCACUUGUCAAGGCCAAUAUGGAACGCUCCAAAAUGGAAGACGAGUUGCGAAAUGUMCAGUCCAAGCUAAUGCUGGCGCAAGCGGAAGCYGAAUCUGCCAAGGCAGCAGAACGACGCGUUUCGGAAGAGUCGAGCCAGCUCCGGAGUGAGUUGUCGAGGCGGGAGGCUGUCUUGGACGGCGUCCAGCGAAUCGAAUCAUCAUUGCUGAUGAAAAACAACGCUGAUGUUGAAGCGUACAAGCUCGARAUUUCUGCUCUGAAGGAGAACAUUGAGUCURCCAAACAGAAAGAAGAGGCUAGUACGAAUGCUCUGAAAGAAACGAUAUCUAAUCAGGAACUCCAAGUCACWCAGCUGGAAAGCGCACGUGCAAAGGCAACCAAGGAGGCCCUCGAGGCGAAAAAGGAAUCUCUGCUUGCUGUCCAAAAAGCGGAUGCCGCGACGAAGAAGUGCUCUAUCUUGGAGAGCCAACUCCGAGCCGCCAAGAAGAAACUAGGAGUAACGGAAGGAGAUAGUCUACCAGAUAUUGAAUCGGAACUUAGAACUAAACUGGAAUCCAUCACUACAGAUUUGGAAGGUUCCAAGACGGAAGUAGAAACGUGGAAAAAGCGAGCKGCAACGUAUGAAAAGCUUGCGAARGACAACGAGGAUGCCCUUUCUGCGAUGACUGAGGCCUCGAACGCAUCCAAGAAGUUGCAAGAGGACGACAAUACAAAACUCAAGGAAGAACUAGAACGCAUCAACACGGAAAUGUCGAAACGAAAAGAAAUAAUCACCGAACUUACCAACGACCUUGCCACCCAGCGGGAGGUGCGAGAGAAGGCAGUGAAUGAAGUCAAGCAGCAAAUUACCGGAWUCAAAACCGAAGCCGAAAACUACCAAAAGAAAGCAGAGGACGCCGAAUACCGUUAUUGCCAGCUGCAGAACGACGUCAAUGUCGUUCARAGCGACCUCGUGGCGGCACAAGGCAACUACGAGCGUGAACUCACAUUGCAUGCAGAGGCCCGUACAAGUCUGCGAUUGGCACGCGAAGAAAACGAGAAGGCCAAUCGUCUGAGAAACGAUGCAAUCGAAGAGCUAGCAGCCUURGAAAGCAAGUAUAAGAUCCAGGAUUCCAUUCUCGAGGUUGAGAAGACGAAGCGCGAAGAAGCCGAGAAAGAAUUUACAACAAAAAUGGACGCUACCCGUGCCGAGAACACGCUUCUCCACUCUCAGUUGGAGAAAAUCAACGAGCAGGUCGAGAAGAUGCAGUCUCGCCACACACUGAAAUCGGAAGCCGCCGACGCCGAACCUGAGGAUGCAACCGGAGACGAAGAAAUGUUUAGGUUACGAAUGACUGUUUCGGAACUUCGAGAACUCGUGAAGUUUGUGCGUGCMGAAAAAGAUUCCAUUCAGCUCCAAUUGGAUUCCGCCAAGCGCUCCACAGAAAGGGAACGCACAAAGGCAGCCGUUGCCAGACGAACUGUGGAGGAAACACAGGCCGAGCUGGAUGUGCUCCGAGAAUCGUUGSAGAAUAAAWCCAACGGUGCUACCGAUGAAGGAGCCGAUAAGCUCAAGACAGCAGAAGAACAAUCUAGAUUGCUCAGUGACAGCAAUGCCCAUCUGCAACGGCAGGUGCAAGACUUGGAGGCCAAUCUUGCAAGMGCCAAGCAAGAAGUCGAAGAGUCCAAGAAGGCAUUGCAACCCUCGGCUGACAAACAGAAACAGCUCGAAUCCGACAAGGCAGUGCUGCUUGCCGAGAAAGACAGYCUGCUUCGCGAAAUCGACGAUUGGAAGGGUCGGGUUCAGAGUUUGGUAUCCAAAUUCAACCAGGUAGAUCCAGAGGAGCACUUGAAGGUGGUCAAAAAAUCAGAAGAACUCGAAAAGCAGGUAAAAUCGCUCGAAGAGAAGAAAUCCUAUGCCGAGGAAGAGUCGAAGAGAAUCAGGACUCUUGCCAGCCGCGCCAGCUCUGAGCUCUCGAAAAACAAGCAACUCGUGGAGACCCACAAAAAGUCCAUCACAAAGCUCACGGCAGAAAAGGCUGCGCUCGUCAAGGCGCAAAAGGAAUCCGUCUCGAAGAAGGAAAUUGACGAKUUGAAGCAGAAAACGGCAAAAUUAGAAGAGGAACGAAAGGCCGAAGAGAUCCAAGCAAAGGGAUCCAGGGAGAUGAAUGAAAAACUGAGAAAUAGGUUGAGAGAAUUUCAGAAACAAAUCAUUGAUCUAAGGAAAGAGAAGACGUCACUCACCAAGCAAUUGGAGGAAGCGCGUUCCAAGAUUGAACAAAAAGGAACCAAAGCUGUGGCGCUAUUGAAGGAAAAAGAAAGCGCAGUGGCCACCAAAGCUGCUACCACUCCGGUUGAUGCGGCAGCGAAAGAUCCGCCUGURACUACCAAGYCURCUGUCGCCGUCCAGAAGCAGYCAGCUACGACAAGCACGACUCCUUCUACAACCGAAUCAAAGACCACAGCAGUAGUCGAGAAGAAGGUGAUGCCGAAGGUGCCUGUUGGAGGAUUCAAGUUUGCACCGAGUAAACCGGUGGAAAAGGGCAACCCGAAGAAACGACCGGCGACUGAGCUAACCAUUGAAGCACCCGUCCAGCAGAAGAAGCCUGCUGGAGAGAGUGAGCCUAAGACUGCAAACGAGGCCGCACGGAGCCCAAAACUAAGCCCUAAAUCUAGCCCGACUCGACCGGCCCCUCCAAAUCGAAGGACCUCUGGGGAGUUGAAACAAAUGAGUUUGAAGGAGAAGCUUUUGGAGAAGAAGAGAAAACUCCAGGAAUUGAAACGAGCUAAGGAGGAUUCUCAGAAAGAAGAUGCGAAGCCMACGGAGCCAGUGUCCACCGAACCAGAGACAAAACGCAACAAAACCGAGAGUGAUGGCGCUACAGAAAAGGUGGCGCCGAAACCAGAGUCGAAAUCCGAGGCGUCCAGUUUAAGUCCCAAGGCACCAUCCUUUGUUCCCAAUGCAAGCUUGCUGAAAGUYGCUGCAGCGCAGAUGGCAGCGAAAACCCAAGCAAAGGACACGACAGAAAGUAGCAAAGAAGACGGCCCGGAAUUGUCCGCCGAGGAAGGUGAAAUGGAAGAGGGCGAAGAAGCUCCCGAGCCACCCAAGGCSGACACACCGGCAGUUGCCAGUGCAGGACCAUCCGCAKCAUCGAUAUUUGGAGGAGGGACACCGGUGCAAACGACGUUUGGAAGCGGAUUCGGAAAAGCSRCCAGUGUCUUUGGCUCAGGAUCAACCGCUACGUCGUUCGGAACGUCCUCCGCCUUUGGAUCAGGAGGCACUGGAUUCGGUUCGGCAGCAACAACCACAUCCGUCUUCGGUGGUGGAAAGAAARCCGAGACCGGAUCUGCUGCAGCACCGGCACCAACCGGUUUCGGCAGCGCGGCCUUUUUGAACAUCAAGCCYCCCGGGAGCACAGCCGGAUCCGGGCCUCCCCAGUUCUCGUUCGGAACUUCYGGCUCUUCGAUCACCCUUCCAACACCCGGUGCUGCCACCACUCCGAAGAUGACCAUGUUCAAUGCAUUUUCGUCGCCGGCUCCGUCGCAGGGCUUUGGCGGAACGGGCAAAGCAACCAAGCCACUCUUUGGAGAUACGACCCAGGAAACAAAGGAAGAAACCGAGCAAGCUGAMGACGGCGAGAUGCCGGAUUCGGAAGACGCCAGCCAGAAAAAAUAAAUAUAGAUCUAUCGGACACCGGUUACAACAUGAUCGGAAUGCGUCGAAGAAAUGGAACRGCGAGGGAUGCUGUUCGAUUUGUCGAUAGAAAAAAAUAACACGAUAUAA